CUGCGCCGUAGGCUUGCAGUAACAAAUACACCAAGUUACACUACACAUUUCACUCCGGGUAAACACCACGAGAACAUCACCAUGGCCGACCACGACGUCGCUACCAAAGCUCCGGAAAGCGAUGCGCAGGAGGGUGUGCCCGCAGCAGAGGGUCAGAGUCUCUUCACAGGAGACACUGUCGCCCAAACAGGCCCCACCAUGGGCGAGCAUUGCACUACAGACAGGCCGACGCCCAAAGGCGAGGUUCCUUCUGGCGAGCUGAGCAAGCUUGGUGAUGUCGAUGUGUACAUAGCGAAGCCCUCCGAUUAUCCCCAUUCCCCGUCCAAACUACUCCUUCUCUUGACGGGCGGAACCGGCAUCAAAUCAAACAACAAUCAGCUACAAGCAGACAAAUUUGCCGCUGAAGGCUAUCUUGUCAUUAUGCCCGACCAAUUUAAUAAUGACCCCGCACCAAAUACCGUCAACAUGGCCGAACUGCCCCAGGACGCCUCGUGGCUCGAGUCCAUCAAGCUUAAAACAGCCGAAGGGGUCAAGGCUUUCAUGAUUGAUAUGUGGCUCGCUAGGCAUACUCCCGAGAAGGUCAUACCUCUGCUACACAAAGUCAUCGAGGGAGCCAAAGAAGAAUUUGCCGAUGCUGUAGCUAACGGAGGGGGCAUAUAUGGUGUCGGUUACUGUUUUGGUGCCAAAUACAUACUCCUGUUGGCAGGCGAGCACCCUGAUACCGUUGCCUGGGAACAGGAAGAGCGAAAUGAUGAGGAGCAAGGCACCGCUAAGAAGGCGCCUGUUCUGAAGGCAGGCGCUAUUGCGCAUGGCACCAUGGUUACCAAAGAGGAUAUGGAGGCUGUCAAGGCCCCUGUGUAUAUUGCUGCCGUGAAGGAUGAUCCUAUGUUUCCCGAGGACGUCCUUACCCCUGGACGUCGUGCGCUAGAAGCAAACAAAGUGGAGCACGAAGUCCAAGUAUAUCCCGGAGUUCCGCACGGUUUUGCUGUCUAUGGCGAUUAUGACGAUCCCAAGAUCAAGCAGUCGCAACAAGAGGCAUUCGGGCAGAUGCUUGGCUGGAUCCAAUCACAUUGA